CUCGCUUCUAGCUCAAAAGUCAACAGAUUGAUAAGUCUCAAUUAGCAAAUACGAGUUAUAAAUCUCAAUGCCGACUUAUAAAUCUCAAUGCCGACUUAUAAAUCUCAAGCAAAUUCUAAAUAAGUCGACAUUUCUCAAAUGCGACUUAUUCCGAAUGCAGUAAUUUUUCAAUUGUUCUGAAGUCUAAACAAAGUGGAUAUAGUUGUCCGACAUUUCCAAAGAAAACAUUGUCGGUCACUCUCCAUUCUCAACAUAACUGAAAGUUAAAAGGAGCAAGAUGGAACAAAUAGAGCACAAAUACGUUGAAGUAAAUUGGCUAAAUCUUCAUGUAGCUGAAACCGGAAGUGGGAAUUCCCCGGUUGUGGUGUUCUUGCAUGGAUUUCCUGAAAUAUGGUAUACUUGGAGGUACCAAAUGAUAGCUGUGGCCGAAGCUGGUUUCAGAGCUAUUGCACCCGAUUUCAGAGGACACGGGUUAUUGGAUCAGCCACCCGAGCCCGAGAAAACCACUUUUCUUGACUUGGCUAAUGACACCCUUGCACUUCUUGAUGCUCUUGGCAUCUCUAAGGCUUUUCUCAUUGGCAAAGACUUCGGAUCUGCUGUCAUUUCCCUAUUUAUCCUUCUCCACGGGGAGAGAGUCUCUGGAUUUAUUACCAUGGGAGUACCAUUCUUGCCCCCACAACCUUUCAAGUACACUGAAUACCUCCCUGAAGGCUUCUAUAUUUCGCGAUGGAGGGAACCUGGUAGAGCUGAAGCUGAUUUUGGUCGCCUUGACGCUAAAACAGUAGUGAGGAACAUCUACAUUCUUUUUUCUAGAAGUGAAAUACCAAUAGCCAAUGAAAAGCAGGAAAUCAUGGACAUUGUGCAACCUUCGACCCCUCUACCCCCUUGGUUCUCUGAGGAAGACCUGGAAAUAUAUGGAGCUUUGUANGCUGAGGAAGACCUGGAAACAUAUGGAGCCUUGUAUGAGAAAUCUGGAUUCCAGACUCUACAACGACAAUCUAUGUCACUGCUUGAACAAGCCAACAUUACAGAUCCAAGAGUUCAUGUUCCGGCACUGUUUAUUGUGGGUGAGAAGGAUUAUUUCCUCAAAUUUCCUGGCAUCAAAGACUACAUAAGUGGAGGACUCAAAAGUUUAGUACCUAAUCUGCAGAUGGUUAACUUGCCAGAAGGAAGCCAUUUUGGUCAAGAACAAUUACCUGACGAGGUCAAUCAACUAGUGCUUGACUUCCUUACAAGGAAUAGCCAAUCUUGAAAAUCAUCAAUAAGGCUUUGUCCAAAAGCUUUUAACAGUUCGGUUGUUGCAUCUAUUCGGAUGUGUGAAUGAGUAACUCCAUCUGUGAUGUUCUAUCAAGUCCUAGUUGUUUUCUACAUGUAAAACUGUACUACAGUAAGCCAGUGACCCUAGAGUUAUCAGUCUACAUUUUCAAUAUGAGAAUGUCUGUAAUUAUGUCCAGUGUACCCUCCUGGUAAAGCUGAAAAGGGUUGAAUAAAUGUAAAACUGAAUGCUGUUGAGACUA